AUGAGGGUCAAACGGAAGUACGGCAGCAAGAUGUACGAAAGCUCCUGCUCGUACCAGACGGCACUGGACCUGAAGCGAGGUGCAUCACCACUCGUAACGCAUCAGGUCAAAUCAGAGGACUGUCUGGGGCUAACUCAGUGCACCGAUUGGGGCACGUACCGCUUCCAUCAGUCGACCUUCGAGCAGCUGAAACAGAGCGUGGAGAAAGCCAAGGCGGCCCUGCAGGAUCGUACCUCGUUCCUUGGUAGUUCCAGUGCGUUCAGUGACAUUUACUCAUCACCACGGUUAACGGAAUCGCUCGAGAACGUCAUCACACACAGCACUGGCAACAACAGCAGCACUGGCAACACGAACAACGGCACAGGUGGAAGUAACCCAGCUCCUAAUGGAAGCACAAACGCUGAGAGUAAUCCUGCAAACAAUAACGCGUCAGGUAACGCUAGUAACGCAACCAGCACCCUCAACGUUAGUGGUGGUAGCGCGGGAAGUAGUGCGGGGAAUGGUGCACCACCUUCCAGUGGUGGAGGCAGUGCUGGUGGUGGAGGUGGUGGCGGUACGGGUGCAGGUGCCGGAGGAGGUGGCAGCAGUAGCAUCAGCGUCAUCAAUGCCACUUCGCUGGUAUCUCCUGCGAAUCUACUGGGGAAUGGACUGUCAGGACAACGCCAUCGAGGAGAUCUUCUCGGAGCUGCUAACCUCAAUUUGGUGUCGUCGACACAAUCGCCUACCACCACCUCGACGCCAUCGUCCAUUUUGUCCCAGAAUCUGGAGUCUCCCGUGGACGUCAAGUCACGUCAAGGUAAGUCUCUAUUGCUUUGCGUUAGCUCCAAGAUCUAUGUUGUAGAGAGCUUCAGUCAGUAUCUGUGUUCAAGUUCGAGCUUCUUCCAUCAGCACACCCAAUUCAUUCCAAAACUGAUCGAGCCGCACUAA